CCUCGACAUGGCUCGGUGGCUGCCGGCCCUAGUGGCCCUCGCGGCGCUCCUCCUCGCCGCGCCGCCCGCGCUCGCGCGCAGGUCCGCCCCGCACAAGACCGAACCCCAGAUCGAGGAGGUCACCGCCAAGCAGCUGGAGCGUAUUCUGGAGGACAAGGACUUCGUGGCGGUGUACUGGUAUGCCAGAAGCUGCGUGACUUGUGACAAAGUACUGGAUGAGCUGGAGAAAAUCGAUGACGACACUGACACUUUCGGCGUCGACUUCGUUAAGAUCAACGACAAGAGGCUCGCAAAGCAGUAUGGCAUCACGAAAUUCCCCGCCCUCACGUACUUCCGUGAGAAGGAACCGAUCAUUUACGAAGGAGAUCUCAUGGAUGAGGAGAGUGUCCUGGAUUUCCUGACGAGCUUAGAAGCAAUGGAUCUUCCUGACCGGAUAGAAGAAGUGAAUCAGAAAAUUCUGGAAAAGAUUAUAGAAGAAACCGAAUACGUAGCCGUUCUAUUUUGUCCCGAUCUCAGUAAAUGCGGGCCGCUGCUCAAUAAACCAGAAUGUAAGAAGUGCGCUAAGGCUCUACAAGAGUUGGAGAACAUCGACGACGAGGCUGACCAGCUCGGAAUCGGCUUCGUGAAGAUCCACGACGAGGAGCUCGCCGAAGAGUACAGUCUUGGAGAAUUGCCAAGAUUAGUAUACUACAGGCAUCAAAUACCUAUUAUCUAUGAAGGUGAAUUAAGCAGGGAGGAAGAUGUACUGGAGUGGCUGAUAGCGAACAAAUCGACCGGAGAUGAAGAAGACGUCAUCGAGGACGUCACCGCCAAAACGCUGAAUACACUAAUUGGGAAUGUGGACAACCUUGUAGUUUUGUUUUACGACCAUGGCGAUGAAGAGUCGAUGACAGUAUUAGGAGAGCUUGAAAAAAUUGAUGAUGAUUGCGACCGUCACGGAAUUCAGUUUGUCAAGAUUGAUGAUAAGAAAGCUGCUAUCGAAUUUGGCAUUGACAAUCUUCCAGCUAUCGUUUACUUUGAAAAGCAGAUACCUAAUGUUUAUGACGGUGAUCUCGAAAAUGAAGAAGAAAUGCUUGAAUGGCUUGUGGAUCAACUAGAAAAAGAUGAAAUCGAAGAUGUUACUGACGAAAUGCUUGAUCGUUUAAUCAAAGAUGGAAAAACUGUAGCAGUCUUAUUUUAUGAUAAUAAUGAUCGUAAAUCUCAGAAAGUCCUCAACGAGUUAGAAAAUAUUGAUGAUGAAUGUGACCAACUUGGAAUAGCCUUUGUUAAAAUUGACAACGAUGAUGAGGCCAAGGAAUACGGUAUUGAAAAGGUCCCUACACUUUUAUACUUUGAGAAAGGUAUACCGACGUUCUACGAGGGUAAUCUAGAAGAAGAAGAAAAAGUACUUGAUUGGCUCAGACAUCAGGCUGAAAGCGAUGAAAUUGAAGAUAUUACUGAUGAAAUGCUUGAUCUCAUAAUUGAGAAAAUGCCUUAUGUUGCCGUUCUUUUCUAUGACAAGGACCAGAAAAAGAGUCAGAAAAUAUUAGCAGAACUUGAAAACAUUGACGAUGAAUGUGAUCAAAACGAUAUUGCGUUCGUUAAAAUUGAUGAUGACAAAGAAGCCAAGGAGUAUGGCAUUGAGAACAUACCGACAAUGGUAUUUUUCGAGAAAGGAAUACCACACAUUUACGAGGGCGAUUUAAUGAAGGAAGAUGAACUGCUUGGAUGGUUGCUCCACCAGAAACGUCACAGUGAAAUUCCAGAGGUAACCGAUGAAAUGAUGGACAAAUUGAUUGAAAGUACGCCGUAUUUAGCUGUAAUAUUCUAUGAUAAAGAUGAUAAGCAAGAUAUCAGGAUCUUAAAUGAAUUAGAAAAUAUCGACGAUGAAUUGGAAAAGGAAGGGAUUGUUAUUGUAAGAAUUGAUAAUGACGCUGAAGCUAAGCAAUAUGGUAUAGAUCAUCUGCCAACUUUAGUUUACUUUGAAGAAAAUAUUCCUGCAAUUUAUGAAGGCGAUCUCAUGAACGAAGAUGAAGUGCUGGAAUGGCUCAUUGAACAGAAGAACAGUGCAACCAUCGAAGAAGUUACUGAUGAAAUUUUAACAGAACUGAUUGAAGAACACGAAUAUGUUGUUGUAUACUUCAGUGGUAAGUGUGAAGAAGGUGAGGAGUGUGAUAACAUUUUGGAAGAAUUAGAAAAUAUAGACGAUGAAUUGGAUGAAACUGGCAUUAUAUUUGUAACAACUGAAGAUAUCGCAUUAGCUAAAAAGUACGGUAUCAAGACUUUCCCCACACUUGUUUUCUUCAGGAACAAAGACCCACUUAUUUAUAAAGGCGACAUUGAAGAUGAAGACGAAGUAUUGGCUUGGCUUACUGAUGAAAACACACUUGAAAUUCCUGGCAAAAUUGAGGAAGUAAACUCCAGGAUGUUAGAGAAAAUUUUAGAAGAGAAUGAUCAUGUGGUUGUCUUCUUCUAUAAAGAGGGCGAUAAGAAAUCUCAAAAAAUAUUGAGUGAAUUAGAGAACAUUGAUGAUGAAUGUGAAGAGAAAAAUAUUGACUUUAUUAAGACAUCAGACGAAGGUGUGGACAAGGAAUAUGAUCUUUCGGAAUUGCCAGCUUUAGCUUUCUAUCGCCACAAAUUUAGGACUAUCUACGAUGGUGAUUUAAUGCAUGAAGAAGCUAUUUUAAAAUGGGUUCUGGAACUGCACGAUUCUCAACCAGAUGUUAUUGAAAACGUUGACAGAAAAACUCUCAAAGACCUGAUCGAUGACGUUGAACACCUGGCUGUUUUCUUUUAUAGUGAAGACUGCGACACCUGCGACGAUAUAUUAGAUGAAUUGGAAACGAUUGACGAUGACACAGACAAACACGGUAUUCAAUUCGUAAAAUCGAAAGACUCUAAAUUGGCAUCUGAUAUUGGUAUUUUCAGUUUCCCAGCUCUGGUUUACUACGAAACAGGUGUACCUAUAAUGUACGACGGAAACCUAUUGGACGAGUCUGAAGUACUCGAUUGGAUGAUCAAACAAAAAGAAGAUGAGUCGAUUGAAGAAAUCGAUAGGGAUGAAUUGUUCAAAUAUAUUGAAACUAAAGAAUUUUUGGCUGUUGUAUUCUAUAGAGAUGACGACCCUGGAAGUCCAAGAAUAUUAAGACAUGUGGAAUUGAUUGACGAUGAGGCAUCUGAAUAUGGAAUAAAAAUAGUCAAGUGCAGCGAUCGACUGAUGGCUAAGAAGUAUGGUUUCCGCAAUCCACCAGGCAUCACGUACUUUAGAAAGACUAAAUAUAUCAAUUACGAUGGAGACAUCGAUGACGAAGAGGAAAUAUUAGACUGGUUAACCAAUCCAGAGAAUAUGGAGCUGACAGACCAUAUUGAGAAAGUUAAUAGAAAGAUGUUUCAGAAAAUAAGACAAACAUCUGAUUACGUAGCCGUAUUCUUUUACAGUAAUGACUGCAAACAGUGUCCCAGAGUAUUGGCGGAGAUAGAACACAUAGACGACGACGCUGAUGGAGCCGGUAUCAACUUUGUGAAAAUCGACGACAGGCAAAUGGCUAAAGAAUAUGGAGUGUUUGCUUUACCAGCUGUCUUGUUUUUCAAGUUGGGAUCCAAAGAACCCGUUAUUUAUGCGGGUGAUUUGUACGAUGAACACCAACUGCUCAGUUGGUUGCUGACCCAGAAAAAUCCAGCUGGUGACAUCAUUGAAGCUCUUGAGGGAAAAGAUCUGUUGGACCUGAUAGAAGAAUCGGUGUCCGUAGCGGUAUACUUUUAUGGGGUUGACUGCGAGCAAUGUACAGGGAUAUUGGAAGAACUAGAGAAUAUCGAUGAUGAUUGUGACAGACAUGAUAUUAAGUUUGUUAAAACCCAAGAUUAUUCGAUUGCGGAGCAAUAUGGUGUAACUGAUUUUCCAGUUUUAGUUUACUUUGAGCAUAAUAUACCAAAUGUAUACGAAGGUUCGUUAGCUGAAGAAGAGGAAGUACUCCAAUGGUUGAUUACCCAGAAAACUGAAGAUUGUAUAGAACUGAUAACUAGAGUGAUGUUGGAGAAAAUGGUUGAAGAAACACAAUAUUUGGCGGUUUAUUUCUAUAAAUUAAAUUGUCACAUAUGUGACCACAUACUUGAAGGUUUGGAGAAGAUUGAUGACGAAUGUGACGUAUAUGGUAUUCAUAUGGUGAAAAUCCAAGAUCCACAGCUUGCUAAGAGAUAUUCCAUUAAAACGUUCCCAGCUAUGGUUUACUUUAGAAACGGUAACCCACUCCUCUUCGAAGGUGACUUACAAAACGAAGAGUCGAUCUUAGAAUGGCUUAUAGAUGAUGACAAUCGUGAAUUGGCGGAUGAGAUUGAAUCAGUAAAUGAGAGAAUGCUCGAAAGAUUACUUUAUCAGUCACAUUUACUUGUGGUCUUUUUCUAUGAUGAUGAAGAUUGUCCUGAAUGUGAAGAGAUACUCGAAGCAUUAGAACAGAUUGACGGAGAAGUAGACCAAUAUGGUAUUGAUUUCGUGAAGAUAGCAAGCGUGGAGGCUGCAGCGAAGCAUAGUGUAGUGAAUAUACCAUCUUUAGUAUAUUUCCGUAAACGUGUACCGAUGUUGUAUGACGGAGAUCUGCAUCACGUUGAUAAAGUACUACAAUGGCUGACUUCUCAAGACGUUUUUGAAAUCAAAAAUGAAAUCGAGGAGGUUAACAGAAAAAUGUUGGACAAACUUUUGGAAGAGAACGAAUUCCUAGCUGUGUAUUUCUAUGAAAAGUCGAUGGAAAGCAGAGCAGUUUUGGAUAAAUUAGAAAACAUUGACAGCGAGACCGACAAUUUGGAUAUCACAUUUGUGAAAAUGCAAGAUCCACGAUAUGCCCGUAAAUGGGGUGUUACGAAAUUACCAGCUAUUGUAUACUUUAGGAAGCGUUUCCCGAGUAUAUACAGAGGAGAUGUAAUGUCUGAGAUUGAAGUAUUGGAGUGGCUUCGAAAGAAUCGGUUCCGACAACCUGAGCUUAAUAUAUUUAUGUACGCACUGAUAGCACUUUCUGUUGCAUUCGUGAUGUACACGGCCUUCUUGCUGCAGUGCUUCAAGCCGUCUGCGCCUUCCACAACACAGCAUCCUAAACAAGCGUGAGGGGAUUCCCCAACCAAAGACUAAUUGAGACUAUGACCUUAUGGUCGAAUGUAAAAUGAUUUUAUUUUAAACAUGAUUUGCAUAAAACUUGUUCAGUUCAGUGAUUCAGAUUAUAGUCACAUCUGACUUUUGUGACUACUCUUUGUUAUUUGGGAACAAACUUUUACUUCGAUAGAAGUUCUAGAAUUAUCUGUAGUUUUUUUGUAAUCAUAUUCCGUUACGUUUAUUAAUUAAGAAAUCUAUUUGUUUUUUAAUAGUUUGUUAUGUUUUCAAGGGUUAACA